UGCAGCUAAUCUUUUACCCAUCGGCAUGCCCGCCGUCGAUCUCUCGGAUGACCUUUUGAAGUUCUACUAUAAAAGAUUGUUUCCAUGUGACCUAUUUUUCAAAUGGCUCACUUAUGGAAACAACGACCUUUCUAGGCGCGAAUUUAGCUUCACCUUGGCCGGCGAUGUUUAUCUCCGAUACCAAAGCUUUGAGUCGGCAAUCGAUCUACGGAAGGAAUUGGUGAAUUUGUGCCCUCACAAAAUAGAUAUUGGAGCAGUCUACUCAGUGGCUCCAAAGAAGAACCGGUCUAUUCUCCCCUCAUCUUUUAAACCAGAGUGGAAGGAACUUGUCUUCGACAUUGAUUUGACGGACUACGAUGACGUUCGCUAUUGUUGUGGAGAACAGAGCGGUGGCUCAGAAACCAGUGUUUGCGAUCGAUGCUGGCAGUUGGCGCAGUCCGCUGUGCUUUGUGUAGAUCGGGCAUUGCGGGAGGAUCUUGGAUUCGAGCAUUUACUGUGGGUUUAUUCCGGUCGCCGGGGUGUUCACUGCUGGGUGUGCGAUACCAGCGCACGAAAGCUAGACCCAUCCAACCGCAGCGCCAUCGUUGAUUACUUAACCCUCGUUCGGAGUGGUGCAUCACGCAAGCCUUUUCUCACUGCCGGUGGAAUCGGGCGACAUGAUUACAAAAACUCCGGCACGCUAGAAUCCACGUUCCACCCGUGUGUGGAUGCUGCGUGUGAUCUCCUGCUCCCUAGAUUCAGCGCAUACUGCAGUACCAAAUCUGGCCAGGAUCUGCUCGGAGUGCCGACGCGUUUGCAAAAAGUUUUGGACUGUCUACCCGACGACUUAGCAGACGUUCGUGAUCGCUUGUCUGAGGACUGGCUUAACCACCCAUCUACCAGCGGUGAUGAGGUAUCUGUCCGUCGUUGGAACACGCUACGCACCUUCCUGAAAGAACGGGGUAGAAGUAACGUCAUUAAAGAGCUCGUACUACAGUACACCUAUCCGCGACUGGAUGCCAAUGUUUCUACUGGUCUCAACCACUUGCUCAAAAGUCCCUUUUGUAUACAUCCGAAAACCGGCCAUAUCUGCGUUCCGUUUGAUGCUGCUCAUGUGGACUCACUGACGCCCAACAAUAUCCCUACUCUGAGUCGACUUGUGGAGCAGCUUGGCGAUCGAUCUGCUGACGAUACAUCCGUCUUGAAUGAGUCAUCUACUGAGCGACACCUUUUGGCUUACAAAAAGACUGAUCUGAAACCCUACAUCGAAUAUUUUGAAUCUUUCAUACAACGCCUAUGUCCAGUCCAAUCGGAACAAGAAAAUUCUUCAAAUGCAACUUUACGAACCUCACAGAAAUAUCAGAAUCCUCCAGAUAUUCCUUUACAUCAGGUUGCCCUUCAAACCAUGAUGCGUGUGCUGCUCUCCACUUUUUCUCGCUGGACCUUGAACCGCUACGUUUGUUCGAUUCUUCUGUUGGUCCCGUUCGAUGUUUUACGUCUAGUCCGAUGGAAACAUUCGACCAUCCUCAUGGCUGAAGGGCAGCUGAGUCUCUGGGCUGAUCAACACUUGAUCAUGCGCAUCGUUGAAUCAAUGCCUUUAGGUAAAAAUUCUCCAGAGAGUCUACGGUGUCCUCGAUUGCGCCCAGACAUACAAAAGAACAUACCGGACCAACUUUUUCUAUUCUUCAACGGCCUUUUGUUAACAGAGGUAUUGGAUAAAAUCUCCUUCAGCGUGCACCGACCAAUACCACCUACAAUAGAUGUGUUACAGGCUAAAUGGAAGGCUGGAUUCGAACGACUCACCUACAACAUCGAGUUGUUGUCUUUGAAUCAGACUCUGCUACACAAACCAUUGCUGAACAUUGCCACAUCAGGAUACGUGCCUGCGUCGGAAUCUGACGUGCGGAUCACUUUACCUUGCACCGGCAAAGCCACGGGGAUCGCUCCGUUUCGCGUUCAACUGGAUAUUCAGCGAGAAUUCGAAGGCCUACGAAAAAUUCCGAGAAUAUCAUUCGUAGUUUACAAGUACUGUCUAAGUGAAGCCAAACAAACUCAAUUCCUUAUCAAAUGCGAGUGUCGCGUCCGCUGCCCCCGCCGGCGUGGCCAGGGACUCCAUGGGCACCGCAAGAUGUGUAUACGGAACUGUCGUCGAGAGUUCGGACAGACCGGUGGACCAAAUGCGACAGUGUACGCACGAAGAAUGCAAGAGUAG